AUGGAUAAAUUUUUAUUAUUAUGUAUUUCUUUAUUUAUUGGUUUUGGGGUCAUUUUUUUAUAUUAUUUUGGUCCAUUCAUUUUCAAAAAAAACACCAACAUUCAACACGGUUGCCAAUGCUCUAUUAAAAAGGAAAAGUGCCAAUACUGUAUCUCCAAUGACAAUAUAGAAUACUUGAAACAGCAAGAAAAAGAACGUCAAAGACUUGAAGAGAUAAAAAAUAGAGCAUAUCAACAGAGACUUUACCAACAGCAACUUUACCAACAACAACAGGAACAACUAUAUCAACAACAACUCUAUCAACAACAACUCUAUCAACAACAACUCUAUCAACAACAACAACAACAAAGAGUACAAAGGCUCGAACAACAACAAUUAUAUCAGCAACAACAACAAAGAGUCCAACAACAACAAUUAUAUCAACAACAACAACAACAACAACAAAGACCCCAACAGCAACAAAUACUCCAACAACAAAAACAGAGUGCAGCACAAAUGAUUAAUGACCAGAUGGUCCCAAUGGAUAUCGAUACACCAUUGGUAAAUACAAGAGGUUUGUCAAAUAUUCAACCUCAUAAAUUGAGCCAAUCACAAAUGGCAGAGAUACGUUUAAAUGAACGUAUACAUUUAUACGGUUUAAUGAUCAGAAGGGAAAUUCCAGGUGAUGGAAAUUGCCAGAUGCAUGCGCUAUCUGAUCAAAUCUAUGGUGACUUGGACCAUAGUGCUUUAAUUAGAACCGUAAUUGUUAAUUGGCUUAGAAUCAAUGGAGGAUUUAAACUUCCCAAUGGUGCCACCCUAUCAGACUUUGUCUUUGAUGCAAGUUGGGAAGAAUAUUGCAACAAUAUGUCAAAAAAUGGUACAUGGGGUGAUCAUUUAACAUUAGUCGCAGCAGCUGAAAUCUUUAAAAUUAAUAUUACAAUUAUAUCAUCAGUUGCAUCUCAAACUGGUUUCUUCAUCGAAAUUAAACCAAAAGUUAAAAGUGACUAUUAUGCUUUAUUAUCCCACAUUGCAGAGUUCCAUUACGGCUCAUUGUGCCAAUUAGUUGUUGAUCCACGUACUGGUGAAUCAGUUCAAGUAGUUAAUGGUCUUCAAGGUGUUAAAAGAGUCAAUUUUAAACAAAUUUUAAAGCUAAUGGUUGUACAAUUAAAACCUGUUAAUCUUGAAUAUGUUGCUGUUCCAUAUCAAGGUAUUUGUGUUCAAUUAGCUAUUCCACUUGCCAGUAACGGUCGUUAA